AUUUCGUUACUUCUCUGAAGUGAUCCACCAUCUUAGAGCCGUGAAGGAUCAGUGUAAGGUUCCGCGUACGCAUGUGUGCAGGUCCGCAUAUUAAUUAGUCGGUUGUUGGUAUCGACCUAAGUCAUCCUCUUAUCUUGUAUACCUGCGGUGUUUCUUGUACCAUACGCGCCCACCAUGACCGGAACGGCCCAACAUUGCUCUUUCGUGCUCCUGGCCGACUUUGACAUUGAUCGAGGUGCUCAGCUCACCUACCAAUUCCCCCAGCCAUUAGGAACAGAUGAAGGUCUCCUAGCAAACUUGAUGCUUCCCGAUGGUGCGGAACGUCAACCAGAGGAUUGGACGAUAUUCUUUCUAAACCAGACACCUUUCAACACGAUUUCUCCCGUCCUAGCUCUGGAUCCACCCGUCUCUGACUCUCAGCAUGGCAGCGACGCGGAUGGUCACGAAAAUGAUGGAGAGGAAGGAGGUCAGGAACUGUUGUAUGUUCUGAACCUUGUACGAACGAAGCUGGACAAGACUGUACGAAGAGGCGCAAUCGUAAAAGCAAUGGCGAUUUGUACGCGACAUUCCUUCAUUGAAAUCUUCAAGCCCGUUCUUCUUAUGGCUUUGGAUGACUACUUCGCACAUCCCUCUCAAGAUUGCCUCGCCCGUCUUUUCGACGCCAUAAACUCCAUCGACAUCUCCCGUGCUCCCGUUCUAACGCGACACGAGAAGCUCAUCAUGCGAACCAGCGAACGGAAAGACGUGUUCAUCGAGAAGUUCGAAGAACUUCUCCGACCAAACAACGAUUCUAACGCCCACAUAUCUACCAAGACGGCAUCCUCAAGCAGCAAACACAAAGCUACUUCUUCUCAGGGUUCCCAUUCCAGCUUCGAAGAAGGCAUCCUCACUCGUGCUAGAGAACGAGAGAGGAAAGGGUCGAUACCUGCGGCUAGUUCUACCGCCCUACAGUCGCCGCCUCAACAGCAGAAUCAGAACUCUCCGUCGGAAGCCUCUUUCUCUCUAGACGGCAGUGCUGUCUGGGUAGGAGACGAGUCAGGCUUAGACCAAGUGGUUGGGAGCGUGCCGAGCAAUUCUCAUGCCCACCCAUCAGGCAGCGGUAGAGGACGUCGCUCCACGGAUGCGUCCUCUUCUGCGUCCUCUUCAGGAUUUCAGAGUGGCGCAAAGAGAGAGGAAGCAGGGUUGGCUUCGACGACUGCACACAAUCCUGCCGCUCUCAAAGAUACCCAUUUCUUCCCUGCUGUUAUGGAAUACAACGAUCAUCGGAUACCCAUCAAGUUGCCUUUAGCGACUUUCCCUGAGGAAGUAGGCGACUACUCCCUUAUUCAACUUGUACAAUUAUUCUCAAGCCCUACUGCUAGUAUAUCCGGACCCCUUCAUCCUCACUUACAUACCUCAGGGGCUCAGACGCACCCCAUCAUUAUUCUCUUCAAUGCCCUGGUCACCGGGAAACGAAUUAUCUUCCUUGGGCAUCAUCGUCCGGCUGGUCAGGUAUCUAGUUAUGUUCUGAGUGCUUGUGCGCUUGGUAGUGGUUGUGGGGUCGUCCUACGAGGCUUCAUAAAGCGAGCAUUUCCGUAUGCCAAUCUGAUCAAUAGGGAGGAAUGGGAGAGUAUCCCUGCAUAUAUUGCUGGAGUCACUAACCCUAUUUUUGAAUCCUCUGGUUCCUGGGAUUUGUUGUGCGACGUCGGUUCAGGACGGAUGGUUGUAUCUAAGGAUAUCUUGGUCAAUUAUCCUCCCACAACGACUAGUCAGCCAACUUUGAUCACUCGUACUGGGACACUCAAGACCGAGGCUUCGCUGGGCAGCGAGGAAGACAUGAUACGACCGAGCAAAGACCUGGGCGUCGCUGAGAAGAGGGGUGACGUGACGAAGGGCAAUGAUGCCGAUAACCUCUUCAUGGAAGAUAUCAUCUCUGCCAUUUCGUACCAUUAUGGCGAAGCCCACGUUCGAGCCCGAUUCACAGAGUACGCGACUCGAUUCGUCAAACUUACCGCCCGGUACGAGGAAGACGUCCUCGGGAUUCAAACUACUCUGGGGUACCCCAGCGCUUCGUACUCCGAGCGUAUUGGAGACCAUCCUCGACUAGGGAGUGGGUUGGGUUUCUCGGAUGAUGCUGCAGGUGCUAGGGAGCUUGCCGCGAAUGCGUCACGUAUCGAGGCUUUCAGACGGACGGAAAGUUGCGAGCUUUACCGCGCGGACUUCAAGAAAAUGUUGACAACUAAUCCAAUUCAGGGUUUCGAUGCUGCGCAUCAAUUGUGGCGACUCAGACAUGCCAAACGAAUGUCUGACGGCGAAGCUGAACUUAUCAUGCGUCAUCUGGCGGAAAACGUGCAAAGUUAUGAUCAGGUUACCGAGCUGUUGUCAAUGUUACCACCACAUCACAACGGUCUGCUGCCGCUAAGUUUCGGACUCUUCCAUCAGCAGGAAGUCGUUCGUGACCUCACGGUUGACAUCUUCAAUGAACUUCGAUUACAUCCUGUUGGCGUGCAAUUCUUGCAAUCUUUGAACCAUUUCCAAAGAUAUGCCUUCGUGAGACAGGCUCAUGCGAGGGAAUCGCGGUUGAUGAGGGAACAGAACAUGCUCGCUAUCCCCUUGUCGAACUUCGCCUCUCGGACGCCGUCAAAUCGUAGCGAGUCCAGCUUGGGAGGUGGAUAAGUAGGUAGUAACCUGGUUCGCUGACCUUAAAUCUAUCACUUCAUAUACUGGUGCAGGAUUUCAGCUCGCCAAAAGGUCGUUCAGAGCUUGUGGCCACUUUGUUGAUUUUUGGACACCAUGCGUUAGAUUGAGAUGCCACAAGAAUCUUUCGUCCUCCUAAUCUCGUUGACCGGUGUUCCCCGAUUUCAUUCUCGUCCCACCCCAUCUAUGAAUUCACCGAGUGUGCUCGAGGAGUCAAUUUGACUGGAUUCUGAUGCAUUUGCAUUCUCUCACAGCAACUUCAACGAUGAUGCGCUGAUGCAUUGAUUUUGUUCGACAUUCCGAGAAAGCUUACCCGAGUAUUUAUGGCCUUCUGAAUUUGUCUGCAUUGUCUUCGUAAAGAUGCCGAGAAACGCUGGCUUCCCAGGUAGACUGACAAAGAGCCUGCGAGGAUUAAUAUGUCAUGUUAACGCGUUCUUGGCUUGUGGGAUUGAUGACUUUGGAGCAUUCUUCC